UUUGUUUACUUGUUAUGUCAUUCAUGACAUUUAGUCUUGUCUCUUACCUUCGACGAUAACAUUCGUUCAAUUGUUCAUUCUUCAAAGAGUCCCCAAGCAUCAUUGUUGCACUAUUACGCGUUUGCCCAAAAUCAAUCAAAAUGGCUAAUAACAUGUUGAGGAAGGUUCUCGUUGUUGGUGUUGGUAUGACCAAGUUUGAGAAACCCGGUAGACGUUCAGACUUUGAUUACCUAGACAUGGUUGCUGAAGCAGUUACGAACGCCCUUAAAGAUGGAAAAGUAGAUUACAAGCAAAUCCAACAGGCUGUAGUAGGAUAUGUCGAUGGUGAAUCAUGCUGUGGACAGAGAGCUUUGUAUCCUUUGGGAAUGAAUGGCAUCCCAAUCUACAAUGUCAAUAACAAUUGCUCAACUGGAUCAUCAGCCUUGCUGUUGGACCAGCAACUUGUGGCUGGUGGUGUUGCUGAAUGUGUCCUCGCAGUAGGAUUUGAAAAAAUGAAGAGGGUAUCUCUUACUGGAAAGGGAUAUGAUGAUCGCGUUAAUCGACCCGUUAAUCGACAAAUUAUUGAUAAAUAA